CAAACAUAACCUCAAAUUUUAACAUGAUUAAGAAGAAACAUAUCGGAAGUUUUUGAUUUGUGACUUAUGUGUCAAUUAUUUUUACUCUAGUCCACACCCCGGCUCCUUUACUUCACGAAAAUGGCUCUAAGACGUAUCUUCCAACUGGCAUCAUCCCUUAAAGAGAUAGGAAAUCAUUAUCUCAAGCCUCUACAGCUCGCAAGACCCUCACUUGUGGCUAGCAUUCACACUACCUCUCCCAAACUAGACCUCAGUGAAUUUUUUGAAGACAAGAAAAAUUGGACGAAAGAUAACAUUCAAGUCGGUAGAGCUUAUAACCAAGCGGAGCUCCGUCUAAAGAGCAACUCAGAUUUACACAAGCUAUGGUUUGUUUUAUUGAAAGAACAGAAUAUGCUUCUUACGAUGGAACAUUUCUACAAGCAAAAUCAUGCACUGUUUCCAAACCCAGAAAGAAUUGACAAGGUAAAAAUUAGUAUGCAAAAUUUGGAGGAAGUCGUGCGAGAAAGAAAUCGAGCUUAUUGGCAGUUGGAAGUAGGGGAAUCUGGUGAACGUCCGGGUGAAGAGCGUCACAAUCAAAUAGGCCUACGAUUUUUCUAUCGCAAAUUUGAGCACAAUAUUCCCUGCGAAGCUCAUAAAAAGUGGGCGAGACAUCACACACACCAAUACCGUGAUAAAGAAGUGAGACGAUUCCUGCUCCUUUUGAAUGAAAAACGUUGGCAAGAAAAGAGGAGGGCUCUCAAUCGUAAUAGAAGAGCAGUGAGGACAAUCCUGCGAAGAUACCCAGAUGUGGACAGAGAGGCAUUAGCAGCCAAGUACCCGGACGUCGAUGCUGACCAUAUUUCCAUCCAAAGAUCCAAGGAAGUAAGACCCCACAAGUAUAUUCCCCCUGAGUCAAGUUAAGAACUUGGUACCUCGAGAACUCUAGACAUUUGCAUUUUUCUUAGUUCAUAAGGAUCCCUUUUAACCACGGCAACAUGCAAGAUUUCGUCAAGACCUUAGAAAGGAUCCAUCACACUGAUGGUGAAAUGCUAAAAUAUCAAAUCGUAAUAAUAUGUAUUCAUAAAACUUAUCAUCAGAAAUUUGUAAAUUGAAAUCUGUAAAAAGUUAUAAUUUUAACAGGACUCUAAGCAGUGCCAUUUUCUGAAAACUUUCAUAAUCCUUCUAACUCUCGUUGAAGAAAGUCGGCAAAAACUUCAAGCAAAAUUUUUAGUUGUGCUUCUAAAGGCUAAAAGAAAAUAGAACACUAGCGGAAACUUGAGGUAUCAAGUUUAGCUAUUGAUAACUUAAACAAAUUGAUGCAAAAGAUGUGUAUUUAUGUAUUACCAAUCUUAAAGAGUUCUUAACAACCUACUCUGCGGAGGAACUCCAUGAAAGCGCUGACAAAGGGUCUGCUAAAUAAAUCUUAAGUUUGAAAAAAAUGUUAUCUAAAAGGUUAUUUUUAAACGUUGUUUCUCAAUGGAAUAAUUGAAUUUGAAUUACAUGGUUUUUUCCUACAAGAUGGUUCUCUUGGGAAUAUAGUCUUUUUGAACCUUGUUUCUA